AUGGGCGACCGAGAAACACUCAUCUCCAUGGGCUUUGCCCAAGAUCGCGUGGAAUGGGCACUCAGAGAUACGCCUCCAGGCGCAGACUUGCAAACACUCAUGGAUCACAUCUUUGAGCACGAAGCACAGGCGGUACCACCACCUCAAGCGUCCCAAACCUAUGGUCCUCCAAGCCAUCCACCUCCGCCACACCUCCAAGUUCAAGCUCCACCCCUCCCACCAGUUACUCCAGAUCCAGUACAGCCGACUUCUUCAUUUGAAAGUGACGCCGUCCAACGCUACGCCGCAUUUCUCGAAGAUCACAAGGAGCACCUCAAAGAGGCCCGCACGGACCUGAUUUCUGCAAUCGCGCUUCACGCUGUCAUUACUCGCUUUCUCAAAGAGGAAGGCGAGCGAUGGCGGAACGAGUUUGGGUUGCCCGCACCAGCACCCGAAGAGAGUACCUCUACAACUCGGUCCUCGCAAGACGCCUCGCAAGGGAAUCGAGAGGAGACUUUGAAAGUGGAAGAACCCGGUCCCGUUAUUACGGUAGAGAAUACCGAGGAACAAGAGGAACAGAAACCAAAGUCGGACGUAUACGACCCCAUCGCCGUCUACGAUCCCACACGCCCUCGAAUUCCACCACUCGAAUCCGGCCAAGAGUUUCUGGACCGAGUUAUCACAGGCUACGACGCAGACGAACCAGUGGAAAAUGCCAAGAAACGUGCAUGGGAGAUUCAUCCUCGGAUGUCAGAAGAAGUCUCCAAUCUUCGCUGGAGUAGCGGCAUCUUCGACGCGACGCCGUACGACGACUCGUUUAACCGUCGUGCAGAAGCGCAUUCGGCCAGACUCAGCGAGCUCCACUUGCGAGGCGACUGGGAUACAGCGAAUCGAUUAGAAGAAGAAUAUUCAGAGCGCGAGCGCGUUAUUCGACAGCAAAAGAAUCGAAGCGACUUUGAAGACUAUUGUCGCAAGUACCUCAACCCUGCGAGAGAGAUGGUCCACAAGGCGUUUGCGGAUAUACAUCCAAUCUAUGCAGAGCUACAGGGAUACCUCGAAGAGGACAAUCCAGAGCUCGAUGUUGUUCGAGCCAUUGCGGCUCUCGAGCAGGUCUCCGAGACUAUGGAAACUGGAAUGAGGACGCUUGCGGAGCUGGAAGACGAUCAUAUGCGCCGUGAAUUUGAACUCCAGCGCGAGGUUAUCACAGACGACAAGAGUCGUUCUGAUCCAUGGGGAGAUGCCUCCAAGUUUGAGAAACAACAUGAGCUCAGACUUCUCGAGCUCAAGGCCCAACGUACUGCACAGAGAGCGGAUCGUCGAGCACCCUUUUUCGCCCUCUCUACACGCCGGAUCAAGGAAGCCAUUGCCGUUGUGGACAGAGACCAAGAGCUACUUCAGCAGCAUCUUCGUACACUGCUUGAUACAGUUCCUCCAACAAUCCCAUUGGACCAAGAAGAAGCUCGGGCCAAAGAGGGUGAUACCGCGCCUUCCAAGGUUCCACUCCCAAGCAUCGAAUUACACGCUCAAAUUACGUCCGCACAGUCUUCGCUCUGGUCAGUACACGCCAUGACCAACGACAUGCGCUCUGUGCUUCGUGGGUUGGAGCGCAAGCAAAUGUGGGAGAAACGUGAAGACGACUUAGCUCAAUUAGCCGCUUCGGAGACGCGUGCUGGUCGAGGCGACAAUUGGUAUUUUGGUCCUGGAUCUGCCAUGCGUGAUAGAGGCGAGAAAGAGGACGAGGAAACGGAGCGCUUCUACAAGGAUCGCGAGAUGCUUGUGCUUCAAAAGUUGACCAUGGGCAUGACGGCACACGGACCGAUGAAGUCGUCGGUGAAUAUCCCCAGUGGGAGUGGAGGAGACUCGACAGCUGCUUUGUCGGCGAUGCAGAAGAUGAUGAUGCAACAACAGCAGACGCAAAUGAUCUCGAAUAUGAUGUGGAGCCAACAUGCUGCGCGCAUGUCGGUCAUCAAUAACAUUGGGUCCUCCAACUCUUCUUGGGUGGUCAAAUACUAUUGA